CUUUUAUUUUGACAACAUGAAAGUCGCUUCCGGUUCCGAUGCACUGCACAAGAAACGUCUGUUUUUUGUUACAGUGAAGUAGUUGUCCGAAAUUAAUUAUUCAGUCGGAAAACGAGAAUAUCAUAGACCGAGAGUAGGCUACGGCUGAAAAGAUUGCCAGCAUCCACGGGGUUGGAAAUGUCAGGUAGCCUUUUGAAAGAGAGCGCCGCAUGGAGGCUAUUUUGAAAAACCUAGAGAGCACCUCGGAGUUGAUAGCCAUUUCCCAGACUGAGUAUGUCAAGCGGUGGGAUGAGGGCACCGUGGAAAGGGCUUUCCAGUGGAGCGACUACUGUGAGCACAUCUAUAAGAGGUUCAACACAAACCCAACCAUUAGAACCGCAAUAGAAAACAGACUGCGACAAACCAACGAACUCCUACGAAGAACUUUCACGGAACACCGGGAUUUUACUUUUCUCGACUUGGGUCGGUGUAGAGAUGUGCUGCUGUGUGGACGGGUGCCCCUAAAGCCUAGAAAUGCAGCCUUCUCUUCAAACAUCAAGGGAAGAGGGUUCAUCUGGUGCACACUUUGUGCCCCUAUAUAUAGCAUCCAUCCCUGUUCCAAAUCACUGCAUCAGCUCUGGGGUCAGCUGCUAUACAGUAGGCUUCUUGGGCUUUCUGCAGGAGCAUGUGGUGGCAACCCCAGGAAGUCCACAAAUGAGGAGCACAUUUCGAGGCGGGACACCAAUUACCCUCCACCAGCAGCGAGCCGACGAUGUGCGUUGCAACAUCUCACUCAAUCAGCACUGUGCAUCUGACGCCCGGGCGGGCAGGCACAUAGAAAACACCGGCGACAGUGGCACGCUUCGUUUGGCAGCUGCCACGGUGCAGACUGCCAGGAGGCGAAGGGCUAAGGUGCAAGGCUGUGAGGCACGUAUUUGCUAAUACCCUGUGUGUGUUAUGAGGCGUUGGUGAAAUGGAGGAGAAAAAUAACCUAGCAAACAUUCUGUUUCAAUUGUACCAGUUAGGCAACACUACACAGAUGAUGUGUAAUGAUAUUUUUACACAAACAAAUCUACACACACACAUUUGCUCUGCAAGAUUUAUUUUUAAAACUGAGAUAUAUGCCUAGUUUUUUUUUCUCAUUUGGAAAAUGCCCUUUUCGUUUUUCUGUUGUUCUCCAGUAAUUUCAAUAAAUUGAUUUCAGGAGAGUGUAAUGUUUGCAACUUUCCUGGAUUGAGAUUUUCAAUUCCAGUUUUGUAUCGCUAUAACACUUCUUCUCUUGUCAGGAUUAAUAUUAACUCUGUGUUCUACUGAUAACCAAAAUAAGCUUCUCUGAGUGUUACCUCCUGACAUGACACUAGCACUAGAUCAGUUGUGUGUGUGUGUGUGUGUGUGU